ACUGACUGUGUUUAUAUUGAAAACAUUGACGUAAAUAUCAGAGGCGUGCAGACAUCGUCGAGGGACAGGUACGUUUGUUCCAGAAAAGCGCGUGUAUAUACAUCCUGUAUUACUGACACACACGUACCAUAGCUGAUCUGUCGAGGAACAUGGAGGUGCUGGGGUUGGUGGAUAUUCCUACCUGGUUACAAUGGCUGUCGUUGUUGGUCGGCCUCGUUGUGGCCUAUGUUGUGUACAUGUCUUGGAAUCACAACACUUUUAAGAAGAUGGGGAUCGACGGUCCCAAGCCUAACCCGAUAUUCGGAAACAUGAGGAUGUUCAUAAAAGAUGGACUCGUGAAGACGGAAUUAGAUAUGUACCGCAAAUAUGGCAAAGUCUUCGGGAUGUAUGAAUCGUAUAUCCCAGUCUUGUACAUUGCCGAUCCCGCUCUUCUUAAGGAUGUCCUGGUAAAGGAUUUCAAAAGCUUUGUCAACAGAAGGGACACAUUCAAAAAGUACACCGAUCCUAUCACGGAUUCCAUGCUUACACAAAUACAAGAUGACCACUGGCGAUUCGUCCGGAACACUGUCUCACCAACGUUCAGUAGCAAGAAAUUGAGACAGAUGACACCGAUUAUUAACGGUUCGGCCGACAAACUCAUGGAACACAUCGAAGCAAAGGUUAAAGGAGACGAAGACAUUGACAUGAAAACUUUCAUCGGAGCGUUUACCAUGGAUGUGAUUGCUGGAACAGCAUUUGGUCUUGACGUCGAUAGUCAGAAUAACCCUGAUGAUCCUUUCUUGAAACAUGCCCGGCUUUUCAGCGAUUCAGGUUCUUUGGCAGUAUUCAUAGUUAUUGUUUUCUUUUUGCCAUUUUUGGGAUGGACUUUGAGCCUCUGCCGCUUUCUUGGAAUUCAGCUCACAAAAGUUAAGCCUGCUAUUGAUUUUUUCUCGCGCGUCACUAACAAAGCGUUGAAGGAAAGACGAAGUUCGCCAGGGAAAUAUAAUGAUUUUCUCGGGAUAUUGGUAAAAGCUGAAGGAGGGGAAAGCACAAAGCCGGAUAAGGAAGAACAGGAUUUUAGUGAAACAUCUUCAACAUGGACACGAAAUACGCUGAACUCAAACGAGAUAAUCGCCCAGGCCACCUUGUUUUAUGUCGCCGGAUACGACACGACAUCCAACACCAUCUCUUUCCUCAUGUACCACCUAGCCCUCCACCCUGAAGUUUGUGACAAACUCAUGCGGGAAAUUGAUGAAACGCUGGGCGAGGCGGCCCCAGACUAUGAUAACGCGGGCAAUCUCUCCUACAUGGAAAUGUGUAUCAAUGAAUCAAUGAGGCUGUUUCCUGCUGCGGCAAGGAUUGACCGUAUGGCAAACAAUGACGUUACCAUUGGAAAUAUAAAAAUCCCGAAAGGAAUGAUUGUCAACAUACCAAUAGGCGCUAUCCACAUGGAUCCCGAAUACUGGCCAGAGCCAGAGAAAUAUGAUCCAGAAAGAUUCACAAAUGAGGCCAAGGCUAACAGGGAUCCAUUCGUCUUCAUGCCGUUUGGUGCUGGGCCCCGCAACUGUGUUGGCAUGAGGCUAGCGCUCCUUGAACUCAAGAUCGGUAUUGCCAGAAUUCUACAGAAAUAUCGACCUGUUAAAAGUCCAAAGACUGAGGUUCCCGUGAAAGUUUCAAAGAUGGGCAACAUCCCCAUGGGAUUGUUCCUAAAAUUCGAAAAGAGGAACUAGUCCGGUCCGGUAUAACUACUGACGUGGCCUGAAAUUGAUACCAGAGACAUCGACUGUAUAUACAUGUAAUACUUUUAUGAAAGAAUAAUUUACAGAUGGAAUUCCUUUUUGUAUAUGAACAAAUGAUCUUUAUAUUUAUACACAAUAAGUGCUGCGAGUCAAGCUCCAACAUAGCGUCUUGUUCCACUUACGUUUUGUCCAUUUAUGCGCGAUGAUGCAACUAUUGUAUCUUUCUAUUAAUGUUCGUGAAAUCGACCUGUUCUUCCCUAGGAACGACAACUCUGUUUAUUGCACAGACGGAAUAUCUGUAUGAUGUGUUCAUAUUUCUACCGCAUUUGAUCGAUUUCGAGUUGGACAGUUUCGUUCACUGUUGCAACUUAACAAAUUAUGCAACAAAAGAAAUGUCUUAGAAUAGAUACGAUGCACUCCAAGAAUAUAUUUAAGCGACAGCACGAACUAAACCGCUGUUAAUCUCACUUGGAAGCUUUUUUGCUGAAACUGUCAGAGAAUAAUAGGACUUAUAACACCUUGGGUGCCUCCUUCAAUAUGAGGCUCACAACUUAUCAAUCAGCCCGCGCACUUUCAAAUAAUUAUUUUCCUAUAUACCAUGAUUAUAUGACAUCACACAAAAGAAGGGUAUUACAUUAGUUUAUAUAUUUUUAUAGCAGUCAAUAUACAUGUAGUACGUCAUAUGCAUGUAUUUGGGAAAAAAAUAUUUGCAACUUAUGUUACACAUGGCUACGACAGAGGAUAUACAUUUGCCAGCCAUAUAAUAUUGUUUAAAAACUUUUCAAAGGAAGUGGUAGUCAUCUUAGUUGAAGUCUGCGUGGAUGUUAAAUACCAAAAUACUAAAACAGUAAAUAUACCGCGGAUGCUAUUUAUUUUUAAGCAUUUUGUGAAAAAAAACGUAAUUUGUUUGUAAACAAAUGACAUCUUGAAUGUUUUCCGUAUUCAGUCAAUUCAAAACCAUUUAGCAUAUAGAGAGCUUUAAUUAUUACUUACCCUAAUCCUGCCCAAAGAUCGGAACUUUUUUUUUUUUUACUUUUGCCAUUUAUAUUAAGAUUUCAACAUAAAGUAAUCACAUGAUACAGAAAGAAACAAAGACAACUUUUACAUACACUUGCAUACACAAACUGUAUAUAUAUGUAUAAGUUGAAUACCAAAGUGUGUAGCUUUAGCUAUAGCUAACAGAUGAAUAAUUCUUUUCUGUCUAUUGAUCAAAAAGAUUAUGAAAAAACCUCCAUUUGUGAGUGAAUAAAGUGUACUAUUUAUUGUUGAUGUAUAUUUUCCCAUAUUGUAAUAGUCCACACGUACAGUGGAACUUCGUUAACUCGAACUCGACGGGACCACAAGAAAACUUUGAGUUAUCCGAGUGUUCUAAUUAAGCGAGUUGCCAUUUUUGGUGAAAAGUUUGGUCAAUAUUUGUCAACAUUAUAUAAUCAUUAUAACUCCGCUCAGUGUAAAGACUGGUCAAUACAUGUAAAUGUAUAUGUAAUAAGUCGUUCUGUCACUCGCCAAAAGUGAGGCAUUGUCAAGGGAGACAUUAGGAAGAAGAAAGUUGUUCAGGAAGAAGAGAAAAUAUAAGAUCCCAAAUUUAGUCGCCUCUUACGAUCAUGCAAUGGGGGCAGCAGGUACAAUUCUUACGCCCUACCUGCAGGGCAGCGAGUUUUUUUUCUUCAAAUAUCCAAUUUUCAAGUAAUAUCCACAGCCUCUAAACGUGUUCACAUUCAUAAGACACAUGUAAAAGUGUUUCAACUUCUUUACAAAAUGUACAAGAAUUAUCGUCAUAUAUAUUUAACUACGCAAGGUAGUCAUUUGUUGACAAUAUUCUAUGUAUAAGCCUGUACUAGAGCCAUCUCAACGAACAUCAAUCGUUGUUUUAAACAGUUAUUUAUUUUUUUAGUUCAAUAUCACUAGUUUCUAAUACAUUGGACCAUUUUUCAAUGUACAUUGUAUUAAACUUGAGUCUAGAAAUAAAAAUGUACAUAUCUAUA